AACGACCAGCUGGUGCCGGUGGGCGACUUGGAAUUGGACUGGGGCCACGACUUCGGCGGACUGCUGGUGAACGUUGCGCGGUACCAAGAGGCCCAGCACCACUGGACAUUGCGGCGUUCGGAAAGGCUGGCGCAGCAGGAUAUGUUGCUGCUGCCGCUCAUGGAGAAGAG